UCUCGGCGGAAGCCCAUUAAUCUUCGGAUCCUUUCUCAUCUCAUCUGUUCAUACUCACUUUCUCCUCCGUGGGUGAACAAAGUAAGCCGACCGGCCAGAUACCGCGAAGGUCGCAGGAUGCCUUCAUGUCUUGGACCGGCGCAGAAAGAAGCGGCCUGACCUUGGAAGUGGGACGGGGUCCUGCCGCAGGUCCUUCCGGGGGUGACAUUCAGCCGGCCGUUCGGGGCGACGGACUUCUCGCAGGACCAUGGCCCAGUUUGUCCGUAACCUCGCGGAGAAGGCCCCGGCGCUGGUGAACGCUGCUGUGACUUACUCGAAGCCUCGAUUGGCCACAUUUUGGCACUAUGCCAAGGUGGAGCUGGUUCCUCCAACCCCUGCGGAGAUCCCUGCAGCUAUUCAGAGCCUGAAAAAAAUAGUCAGUAGUGCUCAAACCGGUAGCUUCAAACAGCUCACGGUUAAGGAAGCUCUGCUGAAUGGUUUGGUGGCCACCGAGGUGUGGAUGUGGUUUUACGUUGGCGAGAUCAUAGGCAAGCGUGGCAUCGUUGGCUAUGAUGUUUGAAGACCAGUCUUUUAACAGCUGAAUACAUACUUGAUUUAUAUUAUUUGAAUGUGCUCGGACCAUGUGUGAUCGGAAUGCUAUCUAAAUAAAAUAAGACAUGCCAAAAAAAAAAAA